CCUUCACUAUAUAAUCUCUCGUCGCUUGUUCAACAGGCCACUCUCUGGGAACGAUUCGGUGUCCACACAAAACAUUUCAGUGAGAAGUGAUCAUCAUGGCCAAUGACUUCCAUGCCACCCACGUGCUUCUGGUUCUCAUUGGUGGAUUUCAUCUGUGUUCCACUGCUGAGUCAGGACUUCCUCUAGCCGCAACAAGUAAAAGCAUAUAUGCUUCUAUUACUGAAGCAGAAUACAGGCAGCUCAAUACGACCCUGAUGGACGUCGUCAACAAGUACAGUAACUUUAAACACGCUUACCAACAAACUUCCAGGAAACGUGCUACAGUCCUUGCACGGGGGAAAACUUUCGGAAUGACUGAUGAGGAAUCCCUGGCUGUAAUGAUAUACACGACAAACGCUGUGUAUGGAGAAUUCAACAGAAUACUGAGAGAGGGCGAUACCUCUAAAUACGUCACAUCUUUCCAAGUGUUUCACUUCCUCUUGAUUUCCGCCAUUGAGAAGAUUCGCGUGAAGCAAACCCUCGCGGAAUAUCUGUACAGAGGUGUCAACAUUAUUUUUUUCGCAGCACAGGGGACUGAGCUUCGUCUUCCAGGGUAUACAUCAACCUCAACCAACAUUUCGGUAGCUAAUAGUACUAUCUUUAGAGGCAACAAGGGAACAUUGAUUCGUUUAAAGGGCGUUAUGUUUGGAGCUGAUAUUUCGGGCUUCUCAGUACUUACGAAAGAAUCUGAAAUCCUGAUUCCCCCUUAUGAAAGUUUCAAAGUCACUAAUGUCAGCACAGAUGGCAAAGGCCCGCUCAUCUACCUGGAAAGUAUCGGGCAGAAGUGUGGAGCCGUCAACCAUGACCUCCGUAGACGUCGCUACACAGGAGGGCCGUGCCGGUGCUGCAGACAGCCACUUAAUGGAGACGUGCCACUGCAGAUGGGCUGGGUUGUCCUUGUCGUCCCUCUUGCAGUCUUUGUCAUUGUUAAUUGAUUUUCAGGUGCAUUACUUCGCAUUAUGGCACUGUGCUGAUUUAAAUUAAGUAGCAGCACAUAAUUGAUACUAAAUGCGAUGGAUAAUUCACCGUGUACACGAAGCAAAUGAUUGUCAAGACAAUUCUGAAAUUUUCUUAUAUGUCUACAGAAAUUACAAU